GUUAUUCACUUCGCAUCGAGAGAGAAACUUUGUUCGCUAAUCACAAAUCAUCAUGUCUGGUCGUGGAAAAGGUGGAAAGGCCAAGGGAAAGGCAAAGUCGCGAUCUAAUCGCGCUGGAUUGCAAUUUCCCGUGGGACGUAUCCAUAGGCUUUUGCGCAAGGGAAAUUACGCUGAACGCGUUGGAGCCGGUGCUCCUGUCUAUCUUGCCGCAGUGAUGGAAUAUCUCGCUGCGGAAGUGUUGGAGUUGGCAGGAAACGCUGCACGCGAUAAUAAGAAAACCAGGAUCAUCCCCAGGCACUUACAACUGGCCAUUCGUAAUGACGAGGAGUUGAAUAAGUUGCUCUCUGGCGUUACUAUCGCUCAGGGUGGUGUACUGCCAAACAUCCAAGCAGUUCUGUUGCCGAAGAAAACCGAAAAGAAAGCUUAACUACAAAUUGGCAAUCGGCUACAAACGGCCCUUUUUAGGGCCACCAAUUCCUUAUGCGAAGGAUAUCUCGUUUGCAAUUCUUUUCUUAUAUACAUUGGAAAUUUUUAUUUAUGAACGUA